AGCCUUUGAGGUCCAGGGUUGAAGCGUGCAUACGUGCGCUCAGCUCCUACCUGUUGUGUUGGAAAGCCCUCUCAACACAAUCCUUCAUCUGUCACCAGCUUACAUAAUAAAACGUCCGCUUGUCCGUAAACCCACGGGCAGUCAACGAAGUAUGGCACUCUCGCAGGUCGUCGAUUUCCUCCAGAGCCGCACCGCUCUCUGGUCCGGCCUCGCUGGGCUGAUCGUGGCCUUGGUCACCCCGCUCGACACCGUCUUCAACCUCCCCGCGUCUUUCGAGGAGGUCGUCUUCAUACUGCUUCUUUUGCCGAUCGCCUUCGCGCCGAGAAGGAUCUUCGGGAAGCCGAGGAAGAGUUCGAGGUCCAAGGCGCACACCGCUGCCGAGGCAGAGCUCAGGCCGGAGGAGGCCGCGCCGCCCGCGCCGCCUGGCAACCUCACCGACCUGGGCGCCAAGCUGCUCCGCGCGGCCAAGGCGGGCGACCUCGGACUCGUGGAGGCGCUGGAGCAGCGGCUGCGGGAGACCGGCGAGCCUCCAAGCGCGUUCUGCGUCGGGGCCGCGAUGCACGCGUACGCCAAGGCCGGAGACCUGCCCCGCGUGGAGCGGUGGCUCCAGAAGCUGCCGGCGGAGGGGCCUGAGCGGCCAAACGUCGUCUGCCUGAAUAUCGUCAUCAGCGCGUGGGCCAAGGUAGGCAACAUCGAACGCGCCGAGGCGUGUCUGCAGGAGAUGCGCCGGUUCGGCGUCGACGCAGACGUGCUGAGCUUCAACACGCUGAUCGACGCGUGCGCGCGGCUCGGAGAUGCAGGCCGCGCGGAGCAUUGGCUGCGGAAGAUGAGCGAGGAGGGCCUGGAGCCGAACGUCAUCUCCUACAGUUCCGUCAUCCACGCUGCGGCCAAGGCGGGCGAGAUGGAGCGUGCGGAGGCGUGGCUGAAGACGAUGGAGCAGAGGGGCGUGUCCCCGAAUGCUAUUUGCUACAACGCAGUGAUUCAUGCCUGCGUCCGAACGGGCGACAUGCGGCGCGCGUCCUGGUGGAUCGGCCACAUGGGGACGCGCGGUGUGCUGCCGACGGCCACAAGCUACAGCGUGCUGAUGAGCCCCUGGGCCAAGAGCGGCGACCUCGCACAGCUGGAGGUCUUGAGGCGGCGGAUGGUCGAUGCUGGAGUGGAGCGGGACUUGGUCUGCUACAUCAUGUUGCUCCGCGCCUGCAACCGCAUCGGCAACGCUCGGCAGGCCCGCGAGUGGUUCGCCCUCAUGUGCGAAGACGGCAUCGAGCCCAACAGCGUGUGCUUCAACCUGCUCAUCAACGUCCACGCGACGACUGGCACCGUUGAGGAUGCAACCGACUGGUUCGGCAAAAUGCUUGAGGCCGGCGUGCAUCCUGAUGUCGUCAGCUUCAACACGGUCAUCAAGGCCUACGCGCAGAGUGCGGACGCCGAUGGCGCGGAGUAUUGGUACCACGAAAUGUGCAGGGUUGGCCUCGCGCCUGAUGCCAUGACCUACAACGCCCUUCUCAGCGCGUGUGCGCACGCUAAGAACCCGUGCAAGGCGGAGCACUGGUUGAAGGCCAUGCUUUCUAGCAACGUCCCGCCUGACAGUGUCAGCUACAGCGCGAUUAUCGAUGCGCACUUGCGAGCUGGCGCCGCGCGCCGCGCGGUUGAGAUGCUUGUCGAAAUGGAGCAGAUGGGCGUGAAGGGCACUGGCGCUUGCUACUGCAGCGUGAUGCACUACCUUGCGCAGCGCGGGGACUGCGACGGCAUCGAGGACAUUUUGGAGCGCAUGCGCAAGGACAACAUCGAUACUAACGUCACCAUGUACAACAUUCUUAUCAGCUCGUGUGCGAAGCGCGCGGACACGCGCCGCGCGGAGAAGUGGCUGAAGUUCAUGGUGCGCCAGGGCAUGGAGCCUGAUGUGGUGAGCUUCUCCACGGUCAUCCACUCCUGUGCGAAGUCCGAGAACCUCGAUCGCGCCGAGCUGUGGCUGCGCCGCAUGACGGAGUCGGGAGUGCAGGCCAAUUCAGUGACCUACAACUCCGUGAUCAACGCUUGCGCCCGCGCGGGCGAGCCGGACCGCGCGGAGGCCUGGCUCCGCGACAUGGAGGCCGCCGGCCUGUCCCCAGGCCUCGUCACGAUCAACUCGGUGAUGAACGCGUGCGCCAAGGCGGGCGACGCCAGGAGGGCGGGGCGCUGGCUGCACGACCUGCGCCGCAGGGGCCUGGACCCCGACGACUUCACUUGCAGCACGAUCAUCAGCGCGUGCGUCCGCGGCGGGGACCCGCACCAGGCCUCUUGGUGGCUGAAGGAGCUCUCCUCCCACCAUGGCGAGCAGAGCGCCCCGAGCUACACCGCGGUCAUCCAGGCCCUCGCGCGCGCAGGAUGCACAGAGGAGGCCGGCAUGCUGUUCGAGGGGCCUCGCUCCUGCGCGUGGACACCACCAGCUGCCUCGCGCUCUUGGCGAGCGCGUGCCAGCGCAGCGGCGACGCCGCCGGCGUUGCACGCUGGCAGCGGGAGGCGGCGAGCCGCGGCGUGCAGGUGCCAGGGGGCAGGAGAGGGGGGAGGUCGCGGGCCCUGGCGGUGCCGGUGGCGCCACCUCGGAGACGGACCGCUCGACGUCCAGCGCCGGGCCCUCGGCAUGCCCCCUCUCGGGCUCGGCUCUCCUGCGGUCAUGGGGUGCGGCCGCAAGCAGGCCAACACCAGGGGUGUCGCGCCCGCGCGCCCUGCAGCGGCACGGGCAGGGGAGCGGAGCCCUCGGGACGAAGAAGGGAUCGGCACUGCACACCGGACCGCGGCUCGGCUGAGGCUCCCCUUUCCUUCUGUCCGCUUCGUUCACCUUGGCCGCCUCGCGGGAGCACCCGAGGGGAUUGGGUCACAUCAGUUCGAAGGCCCUGGAGCCCUGAGGACGCCUCCAGGGGGGGCUUGCGACAGCUUCCAGCGCUGUCCAGGGCCGCCAGGUGUUCCAGGAGCUUCUGAGGUGGCUUCCAGAGGGCAGCCUUCUCCCCUCGUGGCGAGGGGGCUGCAACCCGGGGGCGGGCCCCUCGGGGGCUGCACCUCGCCGCAGAGCUGGGCGUUCCCGAGCGCCCUUCCGCGAGGUCGGCCGCCCGCGCUCCGGCGGCGGCCGGAGGCCAGCGCGCGCGAGGAUCUCGGGGUCUACUGGGCGUGAUUGAGAGCGGCCUUGAGCUGCCGGGGCGCCUGGCCGCUCGCGCGGAGGGCCGCCGCGGAGCGCAGCGCCGCCAGGGGAGCUGCUCGGCAGCCGCGUGCCGCGGCGCGGCACGGGCGGCCAUGGCGAGGCCCUCCGUACAAGGGCGGCGGCAGCCGCCGCACGGGGUGGAGGCCUGGCGCUGCUCAUUGGCCGCUCCCAGCAGCCGUGGAAGUGCGCGUCGGGUCGUGGUGGUGCGCUGCCUCGCGUGACGGCUUGCGGCGCUCUGCAGCAGCCCCCCGCGAUGGUGAGCGGUGCGGCCUGUGGUGAGCAGCAUUGCUCUGCAGGGUCCCUGACAUCUGGGCGUUGCAAUUUUUUGCGACGACGGGCUAUUUUGUUUUGUUUUGGCCCCAGGGAGUUUUCUGUCGGGUCGAUCCCGCUCGAAGUGCCACAGAAAGAUGGGCUCCAGGGCUUCGGUCGAGUUUUUUUCCGAUGCUACGUUCUGAUGUGCCACGUCGGAUCUCAGGGUGCAGCAGCCCCGGCUAAAUGAGCAGCAGGCCUUGGGGCAGUCCCCGGCGAGCGGUGCAGGCCAUGGCCCACAGCGGUCAGGGCGCGGUCACCCCCCGUGCCCCCCCCCUUCGGGGUUACAUCUUCCCCAGCGGCGGGGUCUCGUGUACAUACAUCGGGGGACGACAGGCACAGACCCCAUACACACGCAUCCCCUGGGCGGGUCGUCCGUCGAGGGCGACAGAGGCGGCAAGCACAAGGUUGCGGAGGUCCGCGCGGGCCCAGCGUAG